UCUUUUCAUUUCAAUAGGUCUAUAACUGGAUGGCUGCACAAGGGGAUCGAUUUACUCUUACAUCUAGUGACAUGGCGAUUCAGUUGGAUCUCAUUGCUAAAGUACAUGGCAUUUCACAUGCUGAAGAUCACUUUUCAAACCUUCCUGAUAACUUAAAGGACAAGCGCACAUAUGGCGCUCUUCUAAAUGUUUAUGGCCAAGCAAAGAUCGAAGACAAGGCAGAGGCUAUUAUGGAGACAAUGAAAAGCAAAGGCUAUGCAAGUGAUGCUCUUCCAUUCAAUGUCAUGAUGACUCUUUACAUGAACGUUGAAGAGCAUGAGAAAGUUGGUAUGUUGAUUAAUGAAAUGAAAGAGAAAAAUGUGACUUUCGAUAUAUACACCUAUAAUAUAUGGAUAACAAAUUGUGCUUCUAUGGAAGAUGUAGAGGAGAUGGAACGAGUGGUAGGAGAAAUGACUUCUGACAGCAAUAUAAAUGCAAAUUGGACCACAUACACUACACUUGCUACAAUGUACACUAGACUUGGCAAUUUUGAAAAGGCAGAGAGUUGCUUAAAGGAUGCUGAGAUCAGAAUGACUGGCAGGGACCGAACACCUUUUAAUUAUCUUAUUGGCCUCUAUGGAAAUAUUGGGAAGAGAGAAGAAGUUUAUCGAAUUUGGAAUUGGUACAAAUCAAGCUUCCCUAGCAUCCUAAAUUUGGGUUACCAAUCAAUGCUUUCUUCUUUGAUACGACUUGGAGAUAUGGAUGGAGCUGAAGUGAUAUAUGAAGAGUGGCUAUCAAGCACAUCGAGCUAUGAUCCCAGGAUCUGCAACAUCCUAAUGAGUUCAUACGUCAAGGAAGGGCUAGUUGGUAAGGCAAAAGAUGUUCUUGAUGGAUUUCUAGAGAAAGGUGGGAAGCCAAAACCAAACACAUGGGAGUUCCUUGCAGAAGGCUAUACAAAGGAGAAGCGGCUUUCAGAGGCACUCCUGUGUAUAAAAGCAGCAGCAUCAUCUGAAGGUGUACACAGGUGGAGGCCUAGACCUACAAACAUCACAAACCUCCUGGAACUCUGCAAGGAGAAAAAUGACAUGGAUAGUUUGGAUAUGUUGAUGGACUUGCUAAGAAGUAGAGGACUGGAAAAUUUGUACAUGACCCCCAUGGUAACUCAUGAUUAAAAUGAAGCCUCUCCCUUAUUUAUAUUGACAACUCAACACCUUGGCUUCAUUUCAUUCAAAGAGUCCAUUGCAAGUUCAAAAGAAGAAAAUCUUUUGAAUAUCUUAUUUUUCUUUAUCUUUUAACAAAUUUUCUCCACCACCUCUGCUGCAACAUCCUGCCAUUUCUUCAUCCAGCACAUUGCAGUUUCUCCUCUGGUGAUGACCUACCUCCUCCACCAUCUUUUGUACUAUUCAGCCUCUUCCUUUCCCAUACUAUUACUGCCAACACACUGUCCCCACCUGUCAUCCUCCACUUUCCCACCUCGUCUACACACACAAGGUGGUGGCAAAGGCAGAUGAAGAGAAUGAAGAGAGGAAGUGGAAUGAAAUGAUAUUGGCAAUAACUUAAGUUAGGAUCUGCUUUAAAUUAAAUUAAUAAAUGAUGUGUCAGACUAAGAGUACUGGUAAGGUGGUUGUAUUUACUUGUGGGUUAUCGUGGAUAAUUAUCUGCAAAAUUCCCCAUCGGAGCUAGUGGGGAGAUAUAAAAGCUGACUAGCACACGACAACAUAGUGGUGAUUGUUGGAAAAGAUGAUUAUUUUACGAGCAGUGGAUGCUGAUUCACAUAAUAUGCUUUCUCGUUUUCUGAAAUGGAUCUGAUUCACAUGAUAUUCUUUCUCGUUUUCUGAAAUUUAAAGACUCUUCUCAUGAGCCACA